CCAUGGGGCUGCUGGAACUGUGCGAGGAAGUGUUCGGCACCGCCGACCUUUACCGGGUGUUGGGCGUGCGACGCGAGGCUUCGGACGGCGAGGUCCGACGCGGAUACCACAAGGUGUCCCUGCAGGUGCACCCGGACCGGGUGGGUGACGGCGACAAGGAGGACGCCACCCGUCGCUUCCAGAUCCUCGGGAAAGUCUAUUCCGUUCUAAGUGACAAGGAGCAGAGAGCACUGUACGAUGAGCAGGGAACAGUGGACGAGGAUUCGGAUGUGCUCAAGCAAGAUCGGGACUGGGAGGCGUAUUGGAGGUUACUCUUUAAAAAGAUAUCUCUAGAAGACAUUCAAGCUUUUGAAAACACAUACAAAGGUUCUGAAGAAGAGCUGGCUGAUAUUAAACAGGCCUAUCUGGACUUCAGGGGUGACAUGGAUCAGAUUAUGGAGUCUGUGCUGUGUGUGCAGUACACAGAGGAAUCCAGAAUAAGGAACAUUAUUCAGCAAGCCAUUGAUGCUGGAGAAGUCCCAUCCUAUAAUGCUUUUGUCAAAGAAUCAAAGCAAAAGAUGAAUGCAAGGAAAAGGAGGGCUCAAGAAGAGGCUAAAGAAGCAGAAAAGAGCAGGAAGGAGUUGGGGCUUGAUGAAGGAGUGGAUAACUUGAAAGCAGUCAUUCAGAGAAGACAAAAGGAUCGGCAAAAGGAAAUGGACAGUUUUCUGGCUCAGAUGGAAGCAAAGUACUGCAAACCUUCCAAAGGAGGAGGAGGGAAAAAAGCAGCUCUCAAGAAAGAAAAGAAAUAAUGGAAUUUUCUCUUCAGAAGUCCUCAGGUGUUCAUUGGUGCCAUUGCAGGCAAGGAGUCAACCCAAGCCGUGAGAAAAGUUGUCUUUCCCGUCCAAAUUAUAUUCAGAUUGUCUAUGUAAACUAAGCAGAAUCUCUCAACCUGAUCCUAGUGUAUCCUAGAAAUCCCCUGACAUUCUGUGAGGUCCUUACAUGAAGGAAUUUGGUGUAGUGAUCAUUGAGGGAAAAGGCAGAGUGUGGUAUACUUUCUGACAGUACUUGCCUCUAUGGAUCUUCUGUACAAGGAACUCUGUCUACAAUGCGAGUCUUCCUUUAGGAGUUGUCAUUUUGCCACACAGGAAUGAGCUACAGAAUAUUUGGAGUGAUGUGUUUAUUAGAACAGGUACUCUACCUAGCUGGAAUGCCUCAAAACACUUGCCAGACAUCUGUCUUCCAAAUACUUGCCAGUUUGCUUUCAGUCUUAGUAUUCUUUCUUUUCACUCAACCAGGUUUUGUACUCUUUGCUUGUAUUAUAGGAGAAACAGGUGUUCAGGUUACUUCAAGCAUCUUUGUAAGACUUACACAUGAUUAAAUAAACAAGUAAAAAAUGAGUUUAGUUCUUUUUAAAUGAUCACUGGGAUCAUUUAAAAUAUGAUCUAGAAAAAAUAUGAAUGGUGUUUAGGAUAGAGAAGAGAGAAGAAAAGUAGUCCUAGUUGGUGUUACCGUAGAUAGACCGGUUUAAGGAGCAUAAAGAGAUGUUGUGGUCCUGCCUGUAACUACUGAAUGUCUUUAGGCAGGUCACUGAGCAUGUCUGAAUUUGUUUCAUCAUCUAUAAAAGGGUAAUAAAGUUGGGCUAAAUGUCUUCUUAGAGGCCCCUGCUGACUCUUAACUCUAACUUUGAAAGGCAAGCUGUUUGAUCCAAUGGUUUGUUGUCAUGCAGUCAUGGUAUUGAUUUGUGAAAAUAGUACAGAGAUUUUCAUUUAUAUUCAGUUGAAUUGGUAUGCAUUCAUUAGAAUACAUGCAAAUAUUUUAGAGAUUGUUGAACUUAAAAUCUCUGAUAUGUAGACUAAUAUAUUUAAUACCAUAUGCAUAAAACAAGCCUUCUGUUACUGAGCUUUGUGUAUCAUAAUUUAUCUGAACUAAGUACAUGGCAUGUUUUUGGUUUGUGAUUACAAACAGGUUAAAAAAUACUCUUUAAUUAUAUUAAAAAUAUUUAAUGCAGGUUGUUUGAAGCAUCUGUUUUCAUAUGAUAGCAUUAGAACACUAUGAUAUAAUUUAAAAGUUACCCCAAAUUAUGAUCAUUUGAAUUUAUCCACUCUGAAUAUUAACAAUAAGAUCUAAACUGGUAUGAUCAUCAAAAUUAAAGUUCAAGGAAAUUGAAAUAAAAUAAAUUUAAGCCAUAGUUAAAA